CCCACGUGUCCAAAGGCCUCUGGCUUUUUAUCAGUCGCCAGCAGGGCCAGCAUAGAGGUUCACCAGGCUGGCUCAUUCCUGGGAUUGCCAGCCGUAAAGAGUGCCCCUGAGAACACGUGGGGCCAUCCUGAAUCAGGAGGAGGGCAUUGUUGUAAAUUACUACCUGAAGGUGCAUUGGAAUGUCCUUUUGCAGAGCCUGUUCUAAGAAGGUUGGCAGUCAAGAAGCAUCACGUCAAAUGUUGCCAGAAUCACUCGACUUCUCAGCUGUUGAAUGACGUUCGAGGUGGAGGAUUUACAACCCAAACAUCACGUCAGGGUCUGACAAGAGUUGCUGAAUUUAUCAUAGCCUGAUAAGAUUCUGAACAUGGAAGGAGAAAGCAGUGUUGAUAAGCUCACUGGGGACAAACCAUGGAAAUGUGUGGACUGCAAUGCACGAUUCAUGUAUCCAUCUCAGCUGGAAACCCACCGACGUACUCACACUGGAGAGAAGCCAUACCCUUGCUCCGUCUGUAGCAAAAGAUUCACUUUGUCGUCUAACUUGCUGAGACACCAGCAAGUUCACACUGACGACAGGCCAUUCAAGUGUUCUCACUGUGGGCGUUGUUUUAGGCGAUUGUCCCAUCUCGCUGCCCACCAGCGAACUCACACUGGGGAAAGAUUCUCCUGCUCCAACUGUGGGAAAGAAUUCACUCGGGGAUCCAGAUUGCUGCAACACCAGAAAAUUCACUCUCAGCCGAAACAACUGGCCUGCCCUGAGUGUGGGAAGGGAUUCGCUGAGUUAUUCUCCCUGCUGAGUCACCAGCGGGUUCACGCUGGGGAGAGACUGUUCAUAUGUUCCAAGUGUGGGAAGGAAUUUACUCAUUCAUCCAAGCUGCUAACGGACCAGGACGUUCAAACUGGGAAGGGGCCUUUCGCCUGCCCCGAGUGUGGCAAAGAAUUCACUCUGUUAGCCACUCUGCUGACACAUCAGCAUGCUCACAAACCACCAUUAACCUGUCCAGAGUGUGUGAGGGACUCACUGUGUUAGUCUGUCUGCUGACACAUCAGCAUGUUCACACAGCACCUGCUUUGCGUGUGGGAAGGAGUUCUGUCAGUUGUCCCCCCCAUUGAGAUGCAGCAAGUUCACAAGUAAAUGCAGUGAGGAUUUUUCUGUCCGAGCCUGACCUGAUUUAAUGUCUUCAUAAUGAAGCAGCCUCUCGGUAACAGUCAUCACCGGAAGUCUGAAUUUCCCAUUCGUGUUUAGGGAGAGAAGAAUCGGUGUGAGAGUAGAUGUUGAAAAUCAAGUAAAGGCAAGGACAAGGCUAUGAAGACACAGGUGACGAAAGGGAACUGCAGGAUGAAGUUUAUGGAUGACUGAAUGAGACAUCGUGUCAGACAUUUCAGAUGAUAUUUCAUUGCAUUCUGCAAAGUUACUUUGCAGUGUGAAAGAGAGUUUCCAUGAGAAGGCUGCACAUCUGUGGCUAACUAAGAACAUUUAAAGAGACCAUAACAUUGAAAGAGAAAAUGUCAUAAUUGUGUGAAGAUUAGAAAGAAUUUAACAAUGGUGUAGCUGAAGGGGAAGAAAAGGUAUGAAAUGGGAAGAUAACAUAAACUAGCAAGAAGUAUAAAAUAGAGGUUCUGCAAGUUUAUGAAAAUCGUGAGGGGCGUGGAUAGCGUAAAUAAAUAGUCUUUUCCCUGGGUUGGGGGAAUCCAGAUUCUGGAUUAGUGGUGCUGGAGGUUUCCAGCAUCUGCAGCCAUUGUUUUUACCACCUUGGGGGAAUCCAGAACUAGAGGGCGUAAGUUUAGGGUGGGAGGGAAAAUAUUUAAAAGGGACCUAAGGGGCAACUUUUUCAUGCAAAGGGUUGGUGUGUGUAUGGUAUAAGCUGCCAGAGGAAGUGGUGGAGGCUGGUACAAUUUUAGUGUUUUAAUAGGCAUCUACAUGGGUACAUGUAUAGGAAGGGUUUAGAGGGAUAUGGGCUGGGUGCUGGCAAAUGGGACUCGAUUAACUUAGGAUAUCUGGACAAG